AUGGUUACCGUCCAAGGGAUGUCCUUCGCGGUUAGCGAUUUACCCCUCGGCGAGAACAAAGGAGGCGACAACGCCUUCUGUUGGCAGGACGCAGCGACGGACGACGCGGGGUCGGCAGAUUUCUUUGACCAGUUUGUGGUGCUGGACGACCAUGGCGCGGACCACUCACCCUCUCCGCCUUUUACUGGUGAAGAAGGAGGAGCAGAAGGAGGAGGCAACGAAAGCUUUGAGAGCAUGUGCCGAGAAGCUCACGAAUCUUCCUUGUCGCCACCUCUCACCUCACUGAGCUGCCCUCCUCUUGAUCAUCAUCCUUCUGCUGAGCAAUUAUCAGGCGUAGGGGACCACGACCGUGCGAGUGUCGCUGCUAAUAAUUCGGCUUCUGGACGUCUCGGUCGUUUUUCUUCCGCCAAAUUCCCUCCGCAGCACCGUCAAGUGCGAGCAGGAUCGCACGUUGACCUUAGCAACAUGGAUUGCCAGUACAGUCAACAACACCACCAACUCCUUGUAGCGGGACAAAGAGAAAUUUCUUCCAUCCUCGGCACCGGCUACCAGGAAGGACCGGGCUCCGGUGGUUCCAUCUCCGACUCGGAGCUGCUGAGACUCGAGGGCCUGACGGUGAACGGCAGUGGCUCACCACGCAUACAUCUUCCACCAUCGUCUGCAUCGGUCCCUCCUUCGCCUCAUCUUCAGCCUGGGUCAGACUCGACUAGUCCGCGCAAGUCCCGGCUUGAGGCUUUCUACACAAAGAUCAGGAACAAGGCGGCUAAUCUCCAUGGCAACAAGCAGAAACAACAUCCUGCCACGACAGCAGCACCAGCAGUAACUUCAUCGAUACCCUCAGCCAUGGGCACGUCGCCCAACAAAAUGACGGCUCGUCCAAGGCCACACAAUCUCAGUCUUGUGAGACCGGAGAUGCCGCUGUCGCCCCCAUUGACAGGACAGAUGGCCGCUGAGCCAAACAGCCACAAUGAUGGCAACAAUGCACACCUGUUCAACACAAACUUUAUGGAUGAUCCGUUCAUGGACAUUUCAUCCAACAUGUCCCUACCAAUGCACACUCCGAUUCAGACACCUCAUCAGCAACAUCAGAGCAUCCCGGUCCCCGUCACCACCGCCGCCGAUAACUCGUGGCAAUUCAGCGUCAGUGGACCACCACCGACUACGCCUGCUAACCCAUCAACCUUACACGCCGUCGGUGGUGUAUUGUCUUCAGCCUCCGAAUUGCACUCCCUCUAUGCCGGCACCCUCAAUGACAGCAACUGGUGGGACCAAGCCGUGGGAGAUGCCAUGGACACCGAUCCCGACCCGUCGUCGUCCUUUCACAUGGGAACCAAUGCCUCCAACACUCGCGAGGCCACCCUGAAUCUGCAAAUGGCUCUCCAGCAGCUCCACGACCAAGGAAGUUUUGAUGACCACCAUUUCGGACUAGACACCUCGGGGCUGGUGAUGCACAUGCCCCAGCCUACGUCUCGGGUUUCGUUGCAUCACAACCAGCAGCAGCAGCAGCAGCAGCAGCAUCUAAACCAAUCCCAAGCGCAAUCCCAAGCGCAAGCUCAAGCGCAAGCUCACGCUGCCGCCCAGCUCUUGCUAGCACAGCAGCAAUAUGUUUCCAACAGCGACGGCCUGCCGCCGCACUCCUCCUCAUCCACAGCCAAUUCAACCAGUACAACCACCACCAGAUCCCGAAGACCCAAGCCCCGCGCCCCCAGCUCCGGUGCCUCGCGCCUACCCUCCUACCAAACCUCCCCGCGCAAAGUGCGCGCCGUCAGCCGCUCGUCGCGGGAAUCGAGUCCAACCAGGGGGUCUCAACAACCCAACUCGGGCAGCCUAGCGGUCCCGGGAACGGACUCCAUGUCCGCCAGCGGCAGUGGCCGUCAACGUCUCCAUCGCUGCAGCGCUUCCAUGCAAAACAUCAAUCACCAAUCUUCGAAUACCACUCCCGGAUUGGGGGGUCUGGGACUGAUGUCCCCUGCCGCAGUUCGCAAGCGCAAGUCCUUCACCGGUCGAGGGCACGCUUCAUCCGUUUCCGUGUCGGCGGGAUCUCGACUCUCGCAUGCCGCGUCGCAUGGAGAUUUGGGGGCUUCGGCUUCGGCGUUUGCGGCGGCUAUUGGAGCUAGUGGGCAUCGGGUUGUUCCUGAGGGUUCUGGUACCGGAAGCAGUAGGGGGUUGACGAGCUCGGCAUCUACCUCUUCGCUACCUACUAACAGCUCCGCCGGGCGGUUUACACCACUGAAUAUGAACAACAUGAACGGUGGCGGCUUCCACCAUCCUCAUCAUGUGAAUCCUGGGGUUAUGGCCGGCUACCCGCCCAUGCCACCACUGCCUCCCCACCACCUCCAACAGGGCCCAGGGCCAGGGGCAUCAUCGUCCCUUCCUCCUCCUCAACAUCAACAUCAGCAUCAACACCACGGCCUCGGCCUCCCCACUCACCAUCACCCCUCCUUCCAGCAUAAAUCAAUUCCCAUGCACCCCUCUUCCUCCCGGUACUCCCCAUCCAAAUCCAAGCCUCCUCGAUCUUCUUCAUCAGUCUCCAAACCUCAACACUUGGCCCAAUCUUCUUCUAGCGGUGGCGGUGGCAGUGGAGGAGGAGGAGGAGGAGGAGGAAUAGAUUUCGUAAACUUCACCCCGCUCGACCACCACACUUUGAUGUCCGGGGGAAAGAGAGGCGGCGGAGCAGAGGAGGAAGUUAUCCGAGGCGAUGGUUAA